AAUUGGCACCCAGAUGGUUUCUCUCUGUGAAGUUAUCUCAGGCCAUGCACUGAUUGGAGAACACCUGGUAACCAGGCUGGCCCUCAGUCAGUCACCCAGGGCAGGACAACAUGGUGUGGAUUUGGAGGAGGAGGCUCUUGGCAUCUUGUCUGUGUAUCACAGCUACCAUCUUUCUGCUUGUCACGCUGCAGAUAUUGGGUGAGCUGGGAAAAUUUGAAAGAAAGAAGCUUACAAAUUCCGGUUUGCAAGAUGGACACCCAAAGGUGCACGAAUAUCGAGCCCAUCGCUAUUCACGCAUUGAGAAAGACCCAGACACUCUGAAGAGGCAAAAAAUAUUUGAAGCUGGUGGCUUCCCUAUUAUGCUUUGGUGGUCCCCACUGACUGGGGAAAGUGGGAGGCUAGGUUGGUGUGGAAUGGAUCCCUGUUUCUUCACCAUCAACAGAACCUACUUACAUCACGAGAGGACUAAAGCAUUCCUUUUUUAUGGUACUGACUUUAAUAUACACAGCUUACCUCUGCCUCGGAAAGCCCACCAUGACUGGGCUCUUUUUCAUGAAGAGUCACCAAAAAACAACUAUAAACUCUUUCACAAACCUGUCAUUACUUUAUUCAAUUACACUGCCACCUUCAGCCGGCAUUCCCACUUGCCACUCACAACUCAGUACCUGGAGGGCAUAGAUGUCCUGAAGUCACUCCAAUACCUGGUCCCUUUACAGUCCAAAAACAAUCUUCGAAAAAGACUUGCCCCUCUGGUGUAUGUACAGUCUAGCUGUGACCCACCAUCAGACAGGGACAGCUACAUUCAAGAGCUGAUGACUUACAUUGAGGUUGAUUCUUAUGGAGAAUGUUUACAGAACAAGGAGCUCCCCCAGUCUCUGAAAAAUCCAGCCUCUAUGGAUGCUGAAGGCUUUUAUAAGAUCAUCGCACAGUAUAAAUUUAUCCUUGCUUUUGAGAAUGCUGUGUGUGAUGACUACAUCACUGAGAAGAUCUGGAGACCUCUGAAACUUGGGGUGGUCCCUGUGUACUAUGGAUCCCCCAGCAUCACAGACUGGCUUCCAAGUAACAGAAGUGCUAUUCUUGUAUCUGAAUUUUCUCACCCUAGAGAACUGGCAAGUUACAUCAGACGACUAGAUGAAGAUGACAGACUGUAUGAGACCUACAUAGAAUGGAAACUGAAGGGUGAGAUCUCUAACCAGCGACUUCUCAAAGCACUCAGGAAACGCAAAUGGGGAGUGCAGGAUGUCAAACAGGACAAUUACAUUGAUGCCUUUGAGUGUAUGGUGUGCAACAAGGUGUGGGAUAAUAUGAGGCUUCAGGAAAAGGGCUUACCACCCAAAAGAUGGAAGGCAAAAACUACUCACCUGAGCUGCCCUGAGCCUACCAGGUUUACUUUCUCACCUCCAACUCCACAUUGGAACUCUUUGAGAGAUAUGUGGAUACCAAGCUUCCAACAAUCCAAGAAAGAAGCCCGAGCACUGAGAUGGCUGGUUGAUAGGAAUCAAAACUUUUCAACUCAAGAGUUUUGGGCCCUUGUAUUCAAGAACUAAUUUCCAGGAGUUACAGAAUGAUAUAGAAUAGAAUCUAUUUACAUUUUAUUAUCUAGGUUGCCUUAACAUUUGAAUAUCAUAGCUACUUUGUUGGCUAUCCUUUUAGGGUGUGAAUUAAUUGCUGCGUUAUUCAAACUGAGCCCUACCAAAUAUGAAUUACUCUCAAAUAAUGACCUCUAUUUUUAUACUCAAGUAAAUAUUUUUUAUAGUGUUUACCUAAUGUUUGCAUGCUUGAACCCAUGUACCUAGUACCUUUUGUAGAAAUUCACCUGAUGUGGUGUGUGCACUUUCCCACUGUUAAGGGAAGUAGAGGGUGUAGCCAUGGAGUCUUGAUACUCAACUCACUCUCUGCAGUUUAUUGGUAUUUGGCAAGCCUGCUGUCCUGAUGCUGAGCGUGAACAUGAAAUGCAUUAGGACUUGGCAGUGAACAGUUCCAUCUGUUGGUUUCCAGGGAUAUAAAUGAAUAAUAAAAGCUGUGUGAAGUUUG